GCGGGAAUGCCUCCCGGGUGGCUGCCACCCAAGAGCUGCGGCGGCCGCCGCCGAUCCAGGGUGCUGCUCAGCUGCAGGAAAAGGCACAAGAUGGGGGAGGAAGACGAGGAAGAGGAAGAGCUGGACGACUGUCCGGUGGGCAAGAAGAGGAUGAAGGAAGCAGGAGUGGAGCAGGAGUGGACCCUGCCAGCCAGCCAGGUGGCAGCCCAGCCCUGCCCAGCCCAGAUCUUGUGUGAAGAAAUGGAACAGGCAGUGGGGGAGCAGCUGGGUGAUGCCAUGCACAGGAGGCUGCAGGAGAUCGAGGACAGAAUAAUUGACGACGACGACGACGACGUGCUUGCGGAGGGGAGUGUGAGCCGCGUGCCCACUCUCGUCCUUUCUGACACACUGAAAACCGGGCUGAAGAGGGAUUACCAAGAAGUCCUGACAAAGAAAAUAAUUGAGUCCAUGAGCCGUCCCUCCAUGGAGCUGGUGUUGUGGAAACCUCUCCCAGAGUUCCUCACUGACAGAGCAAAGUCUGUUUCUGUUAAGAACUACAAGCUGAUGGAAACAGAACGGGAGCUUGUCAAGGCAGCAGCCCUCGAAGCUGCCUUCCACCCACAGACGUUCCCCGAACAGCAUCAACCAGCAGAUCUGCCUUCGGCCCCCCUCUGUGGCACGGAGGGGCCCAGUGGUGGGAUAGAGGAGGAGAUGGAGUUGUAGGCGGAGGGGGACCUGGGGCGCUGUGACUGCUUGCCUUUUAUGCUACAGCCGAGCUGCGACUGCAGGGGGCGUGUGCGUGUGUGCACAGGCACGCACGCUGUUUUGAGAGUGAUACUAGAGAGAAUUCAGAGUGGGUUGGUACAAGUCUUUGACAUGGGAAACAAAUUCGAGGGUUUUGUGUGUUUUACCUGUGACUUUUCUUUGUUGCCUUCUUAGAGUAACAUCCUAGUUCUGGUUGUGAUGUUCUGACCCUAGUCACCUUUAAUUGUCUGCUGAGGCACAGCCCUUCUCAGGCUGGAGCAGGGUUUGCUCUGCUUGAAAAUGAGAGGCAGGGGCUGGGGAGCCUUGGAGUUCACCUGGCCCAAAGGGUGCCUGUGAGAAGGGGCCAGGGGGACUGCAGCUUACCCUCUUUUGGCUGUUGCCACGAACUGGCCAGUCCAGCAGGGCAAGCUGGACCAGGAAGAGUAAAUGUGACUGUUUGCCGAAUUGCGCCUGGAGGCAGGAGGGUAUGGACCUGCUUAGGGAGCAGGUGGCAGGCCUCUAAGCUUGGGUUUUUGAGAAGCAAAUGUGACACGUGAAUUGAUUUUGGGGGUGCUUUAGCCAAGAGAAGCCUCUUGUGUGCCCUCCAUUGCUAUCCUGAGACGCUUACAGUGAGACCUGCAGCUAGGAGGCCCACUGAUCAUGGCUGGAUUGUCUCAGAUGGCCAACUGCACUCAGAAACUGUGCCACGGAAGCACCAACCUUCUGAAAACAUCCGCUUUCGUGUCCCCUCCACCCUGCAGCUUGUGCUCGAGGAGGAGCUGCUUUGAGCCAGACAGCGGCACAAGCAGAACUGCUCAACUGGGGAGAGCACAGAAAUACUUCCCUCCAAGUCGGGGCCUUUUGCACUGGGAGUUGCUUUUCACAGGAAAAGCACAAGAUUCUCAGGCUACCAGGAGACUGGAAGGAGUGUUCCAUAAAUGUGGCUUGCUUGGCAGGGCAGCAUCAGCAGACCUUUCUUCUGGAAGGAUUUUUCACCAUGCCGUUUUUUCCUGUCCGGCUUCAUUUACCUGACUGGGUCUUGGGGUACGUGAGGUAUGUGGUGCUCAGUCCUUUUGGCUGGUGCAGGGCUUUCCUGAAUUCCUACCUGCCUGUCAUCAUAUGGAAAAAGUUUUCACAGCUAAUAUGCCAUUUUUUUCCAAACUUAAUGAGAAUCUGAAAGAAACCUUGUGUAAUGUUUACACCUUUUACCUUGAUUUUGAUCCUUGGCAAAGGUGUUUCGCUUUGGCUUCAACAUAGCCUGUUUUCCUUCUUGCAAAAAUGCCAUCACGUCGCUUGUACACUUUCUUUCCUGAACUUGCCAUCUGAAUGGACUUUUGGCCCAGCCCUUCCAGUCUCCAAACCUGUAGGAAAAGCGACCAAAAUCUCUCUGGCUCACCGGAAAGCAAUUGUUAAGGUGUUUGGAGACCCGAGAUCAAAGUUUAGUCUGUCCCAGGAGAUUGUAUUGCUGUGUCGGUUGGAUCACAAAGCCUCCUAAGUGUCUGGCCAUGGAGUUGGACUGGGCCUAUGUCAAGGAGAAGGGCCACUGGCCUGUGCCGUUUUCUACCACGGCUGCUGCUACUUAUGUUGGUUAAGCUUAAUUUUGGGAAGAAAGCCUAAGGUUUCCAGUUACCCAAGUAAUUUAUCAGCCUCUUCAUUUUCCUCACUUCACACAGACUUGCAGCUGCCAGAUUGGAAGGCAGUUUACACAGGGAAUAUGUAAAGAUCUGCAUAUCGCUCAAACUUAUUUGAAAAAUAUUUUUUUAGUGAAAAAUUUGAGUAGUAGAUGGAUGAGUAAUUUGCCAAUUUGUUUUUGUAACCGAGGCUUGUCUCAGUUUCCUCACAGGAACGUGUCACACCAGAGGAGUUGAGUGUGUUUGAAAUGAGCAGCAUUAGAUUGUGGUCUGUCUUCUGUUGGACCAAAUCACAAUUUAUAUGUCAAUAAACUUUUUUUAAUGUUUGUA